AUGGCUAGUGGCAACAGCCAUAAACCUGCCAUGGCUUCUGGAGGAGAAAGGGGAGAUGAAGGCUCUUCAAACAUGUUCAGUCUGGCGAAGGAGACAGAGCAAGCACCCUUGGCUAAUGUUUCAAGUGAACAAAAGUUUUGUGACAUCCUAAAUCCAGUGCUACAAAGAUGCAUGGAAGAGAUAACUGAUUUAAUCAUGGAAGAAAUACCUAAAGCAGAAUACGUCAGUUUGCUAAACGACUAUGUUGAAUCGGAGUUUUUUCUGAUUGAUGGUGAUUCACUGUUCAUCACUUGUGCAAGAGAUCUAACGUUAGAGCGAGGACAGAAUUUGCACUUCUUUUACCUUGUGGAACGCUUUCUCUUCGAUUUAACAAGCAAAGGAGCAAAAUAUGUCAUUGUUUUCUUCAAGGAUGCAGAAUAUAUAUAUUAUAGAACUCUUGAUCUCCUUUCUUUGCGAACUGCAUUGAUUACUCAUCUGAGAAACAACACUCAAACUCCUGUACAUACUGAGUUUUCUAACUGCUUAGGCAGCGACUGGCAACAUUUUCUGGAGGAGAACUAUCCCUAUUUCUUAAUAAUUGCUGAGGAAGGCCUGGAUCAAUUGCAGACCAAUUUUCUUCAUAUAUGUAUUAUUCACACAUUGUCAAAUAGAAUCAACAUUGUACUUACUUCAGGACAAGAAUCAGAUGCCAUCAGAAUUUAUGGAUAUCAUAUCCAUAGCGGAUACCAUCAAUGGUGCUUUUUUCAACAGCAUAAAACAGGGAUUAAGAAUUUGUAUCUAACAUUGGUUACAUAUAUGAAGAGAUAUUGUUCAGAAGCAGUCCUUUCUCUUUCUGGAGAUAAAAUUCUGGAAACUUUGAUCACAAAGGUUCAUGCAAAAAUCACUGCAUUACAGAAGGCGAUAGAAGAUCUCCGAUAUAUAGUCUGUAUUGUCACAUGUUCACUGAUUUUAGAAAAGUACAGUCAAGACAACCAAACUUCUUCUGUGAAACAGAGAAAACCUGCAUUAACCCUGCAAGAAGCUGAAGACCUAAUUAGGAUGUAUUGCCUCAGUGUGGUUUUUCUUCAACACUUGCCCCUUUCACAACGAGCUCAGAUCAGAUUAAUCAAAAAUGAGUGGAAUGAAGAAACGUUCUUGUUCAUUCAACAGCAUAAACUUUGUGAAUAUGUUGUUCUGGAACAUCUUGCUACUCAAACCUCAUGGAAUAUUGAUUUUUCUGUCCUUCCGGAUUUGAGUGACAAUCUCUUGUUAAAGAACAUUGCAUUUUAUUACGAAGCAGAAAAACUUUCAGGGUUUGAUUUGGAUAUAGGAACAAAAAUUAAAAGAGAUUAUGAACUUUUGUGGAAACACAUUACAACACUGAUAGGAACAUGCAGUAUUGGAGAUUCUUUUCCUCUACGUACAACUCCUAAACAUUUUCUUGAAAAGAAGGGUUUAACUAGCAAAGGCAAGGAAUCCAAAAAGACAUUUCCCAAUCCAGGACUUAUACCAGUUAAAAAUACCUUAGUGGAUAAAUUUACUGGAGACAUUUUAACUGACCUGCCGUUUUUGAAAAGUGAUGAUCCAGUGGUUGUUUCAUUAAAAAAACAGAAAGAUUUUGAUGAACGUCUGCACUGGCAUUCAAGAAGACCUCUCAGUGAUGAUUAUGAAAGGACCAAGGGACAGUUAGAUGCAGCCAAAGACCCAAGGGCUCUGCGAAACAAACAAAAAUUCCAAACAUAUCAGCGUUUUUAUGGGCAAUCACUGGAAGGUAUCAAUUCAAAAACAAUUGUUACUCAGCCAUAUAGCCCAAAGAAGGCUUAUGUUGAUCCCAGGAAGAGCAAGCAAACACAUAAGACAAAAGCAGAAAUGAUAGUUGAGGAAAAUCAGAAAAGAAGGCAAGCUGAAGAAAGCAAAAAAGAAGAGCGUCGUUGGGCUACACUUUCAGUGACAGUUGAAGAAAAAAUUAAAGAAAAUGUGACCUCUGGCAUGAAGUAUCUACAGGAAUUUCUGAAAAACUGUCGAAGUGCAUCUGUGAAAUGUACCGCUGAGAUGGCAGCACUGAAUGUUUGUUUUGGCAUGUGGAUGGAAUGCUGUGAUAAAGGUAAAAUCUCCACAAAUUUAGACGAAGCAGUUGAAGUUAUGAGAAUUAUCCACUCAAUGCUUAUAAAGUAUGAUGAUUUAUUAAAGGAGACUGAUUUCCAACAGAUUGGCAAAUACCUUAGGGCCCUUGGAUUUGACAACUUGGCAGCUACUUUAAAGUACCUCAAGGAUUCUGAAGAUGAGAGAAAGAAGCUGAAAAAGAAGCUUUCAAAAUACGCUGUUGGCAUCGGGUCUUCUCGGUUUCAGUUACAGUAUAUGGGUCACUAUCUCAUACGGGAAGAGAGAAAUGAUCCUGAUCCCAGAGUGCAACAUUUUAUUCCAGAUACAUGGCAGAGAGAGCUACUUGACGUUGUGGAUAAUAAUGAAUCUGCAAUAAUUGUUGCUCCUACAUCAUCAGGAAAAACAUAUGCCUCUUACUAUUGCAUGGAGAAAAUCCUGAGAGACAGUGAUGAUGGUGUGGUUGUGUAUGUUGCUCCUACAAAGGCUCUUGUCAAUCAAGUAUGGGCAACCAUAUCCAAUCGAUUUAACAAAGUGCUGCCAGCCGGUAUGACAGUGAGUGGUGUUUUCACUCGAGAUUAUCGCCAUGAUGCCUUGAAUAGUCAGAUACUGGUAACAGUUCCUCAGUGUUUAGAAAUUUUACUUCUGUCACCUCAUCGCCAAGAGUGGGCCAAACGGAUAAAAUAUGUUAUAUUUGAUGAGGUCCACUGUCUUGGAGGUGAAAUUGGUGCAGAGGUUUGGGAGCAUCUCUUGGUUAUGAUUCGAUGUUCAUUUUUGGCUCUUUCUGCAACUGUUAGCAACCCAGAACAUCUCAAAGACUGGCUGCAGUCAGUAAAGAGGUACUGGCAACACACUGAAGCUAAACUAGCACAGAACUCCACAGCUGUUACGAAAGUGGCAAAAGGAAAGAAAGGUGUUGGAAUGCAAAAGACAUCAUACAAGGUUAAAUUAGUGACGUAUGGAGAGAGAUACAAUGAUUUAGAAAAAUAUGUAUGUUCCCUGAAGGGUGAUGACUUUGCUAUUGAUCACUAUCAUCCCUGCGCUGCGCUGACUGUAGACCAUAUUGAGAAAUAUGGCUUCCCCUUGGACCUUUCACUGUCUCCUAGAGAAUCUAUUCUGUUGUACGACACCAUGGUAAAAGUUAGAGCAAAUUGGCCAGGGAAACACGAGCUGGAUCCUGAGGAGUUUUUUAAAGACAAGAUUAUAAUCACUAAGACAGAGGCAAGGCAGUAUGAGAAACAAUUGAAAAAAGAACUAGAGAUGUGGAUUAAACGUGGCCUCCAAAAUAAGGUGAGAGAAGUGUUGGGGCUGCUCAAACCUCAGCCUGCUUGCUCUGCUGAAGAAGAGAUGAGAACCAAUUUUCCUUGUUUUGUGGAAAAACUUCACCAAAUGAAUAAAUUGCCUGCGCUGUUUUUCCUAUUCAGGAUUAAUGCAGUGGAAAAUUGGGCUAAUGAAGUUUACAAGGCCUUAGAGAAGAAGCAAAAGAACAAGCAGAUCCCAGGUUCUGAAAAAGAGCAAUUGUUAACAAAAAAACGUAAAAAGAUUGAAAAGUCUUUGGCAGGUCAGAAAGAUGAUAAAAAAGUCAGCCGUACAGAUGACAGAAUAACUAAGAUGGCUGAACUUCAAAGCAUAAUGGAUCGCCUUGAAAAAAUUGCUGAAACCCCUUCUGACUGCACGUAUGCAAAUGAUCAAGCUGUUGACAAGGAGGUUUUUUACAAGAUAUUUCACCGAACAAGAUUCAUGAAAAAGCACAAAGAGCUGCAAAAGCUGACACUUAGAGGCAUUGGGUACCAUCACGCCUCUGUGGAGUAUAAAGGGAGGCAAAUGGUGGAGAUGCUGUUCAGGAUGGGAUUUAUUCAGGUGGUGACAGCCACAGGAACCUUGGCUUUGGGAAUCAACAUGCCAUGCAAAUCUGUCGUUUUUCUACAGAAUUCUGUGUAUUUGGAUGCUCUGAACUAUAGACAGAUGUCUGGACGUGCUGGCCGGCGUGGUCAAGAUCUGUUGGGAAAUGUCUUUUUCUAUGGCAUUCCAUUGCCCAAAAUACAGACGCUCAUGAAAUCAAAUGUACCUGAACUUCGAGGACAGUUUCCUCUGAGUGUUUCUUUCAUCUUAAGAGUCAUGCUGUUGGCUUCCAAAGCAGAUGACAAAGAAGAUGCACAUGCAAAGGCUUUAUCAUUAUUGAAGCAUUCACUUCUGUCCUUCAAGCAGCCUAGGACCCUGGAAAUGUUAAAGCUUUAUUUUUUGUUUUCUUUACAGUUUCUUGUGAAGGAGGGAUAUUUGGAUCGGGACGGUAAUACCACAGGGUUUGCUGGACUUGUUACCCACUUGCAUUAUCACGAGCCUUCCAAUAUUGUCCUAGUUGAAUUUCUUGUGCAGGGCUUGUUCCACAAGCUGUGUCAGCGGAGCACAAAAGCAUCAAGGCUUUUUUCUGAAGAAGUGAUGGAAAGGUUAGUGCUAGUAUUGGCACAUCUUUUUGGAAGAAAACACAUACCAGCUGCUGUUGUGAAUUCUAAAAGGAAAUUUUACCAAUCAAAGGUGUUCCUUGAAGAUCUCCCUGACGAUUUUGCUGCUGCUUUGCAUGACUACAACUGCAGAAUACAAGAAAACUUCGGGCAGUUUCUACAGAUCGUUUCUACGACGGUAGAUAUGAAACAAGAAUAUCGGCUUCCCCUUUCAGAACUCAAUUUUUCAGAUACAGAACAGCUUGAAUCUCAGUUUGCAUCUCACCUCAUGAGCUGCAGUGAAGGAAGGGCAGCUGUUUCACCCUUUGUGUGCCUUUCAGGAAAUACAGAACUUGAUUUACUGAAUGCAGUGACUGUCAACAGUGUCAUAUUGCGCACAAUAGGUAUUACAGCUGCAAACAUUCCAGUCCUCUCUUCAAAGAUGUAUGAUAAUCAAGGAAGAAUUAUGCCACUUAAUGCAUAUGUGCUUGAUUUCUACAAACAUGGAUCUUUGACAGCAAUGAAACAGGAUAACAGCCUGCAUGAAGGAGAGGCUUACUAUAUGCUGAGAGACUUUGCCCUUUCUAUUAAAGCAAUCAGUGUUUCUUUGUGCGAACUCUGUGACAAUAAGGAUGAUAAUGUUGUACAAGCAUUUGAACAACUAAGUCAAGAAUACUGGGAGAAACUGGAAAAGGUGUAA